GUUGUCAUCGUUACACAGGGAGGCCUGCUUGUAAACAAGAGGAAGCUCCCGCAACGCAUGCGCUGUCUGUGCAAUACUGACGCACCUACAUCCCUAGAUGAAGCUGAGGAUGGAGAGAGUGAACCGUUGCCCCAAGACAUGCGCAGUUCUGUAAUUCUAGUCUGCCAGUGAGUUUAGGUGUAGUGUAGGUAAAGGUCGGAAGAGUUUGUAUAAACUGGGUAAACUGGGAAAUAUUGGAGAGGAAGGGGGCAUUUUUACUCUUUUAGCAAUUACUUUAUUAGCAGUGCAAACAAAUAACUUUAAAACACAUUUUUUUAAUAAAAAAUUAACCGUUUUCCGUUAGGGAAGGAUCCAUUGCGCAUGCGUCUGAAACGGGAUUGAGACGUAAUGUCAAAAUGGCGGCGAGACCAGAGAGAGAGAGAGACUGGCGGUUCUGUUCCGCCCUUUUGGCGCAUGCGCGUAGGCUGCACUUUCGCUCUCCGUGCGGUGUGAGCCGGUGUCCGGGAAGGGGUUACUGUUCCAGUUAGGGAAAAGGAUCGCAGCGGCGCCGGUGCGUGGGCUCCAUGGAGGAGAGUCCGAGAUCCGGCGCCCUCCACGUGAUCCGCGAGAGGGACUGGGCUGUACUCAAACGGAACGAAGUUUUCAAGGCAGUGGCCGUGGUGAAGCGAAGAAAAAUUAUUUUUGAAAAGCAGUGGUUCUACCUGGAUAAUGCCAUUGGGAAUGUUUAUGGAACAACCUUUGAAGUGACUAGUGGGGGAAGCCUUCAGCCAAAGAAGAGGGUGGAUGAGGCAACUACAGAAACUAAGAAAGCAGGUACAGAUAACCGGAACAUAAUUGAUGAUGGGAAGUCUCAAAAAUUGACUCAUGAUGAUAUAAAGGCUUUGAAGGAUAAGGGCAUUAAAGGACAGGAAAUAGUUCAGCAACUGAUAGAAAACAGUGCCACAUUCAGUGACAAGACAGAAUUUGCCCAAGAUAAAUACAUAAAGAAAAAGAAGAAAAAGUAUGAGGCAGUUAUUACAAUCAUUAAGCCAUCCACCCGAAUUCUGUCAACAAUGUAUUAUUCAAGAGAACCAGGAAAAAUCAACCAUUUACGAUAUGAUACUCUAGCCCAGAUGUUAACUUGGGGAAACGUCCAUGCUGGGAACAAGAUGAUUGUAAUGGAAACCUGUGCAGGAUUGGUGCUGGGUGCAGCCAUGGAACGGAUGGGGGGUUAUGGAUCCAUUAUUCAGAUGUACCCUGGAGGUGGAGCAGUUAGAGCAGCCACAAACUGUUUUGGGUUUCCAGAAUCCUUUUUCCAGACACUUUAUGAGUUCCCUCUCAGCAAAGUAAGGAGUCUUCUUUCUGGAACAUUUUCUGUCAAGGCACUGCCUUCAGAGACUGAAGGGGAUAUGCUAGCAGAGGAAGAAAGCAAUGGGGCAUUUGAUAAAAAGCAGCUUUCCACACAAGAAGCAGAUAUGGAGUGCAGCACCGACAUAGGGAUGGAGUCUGGUCUGCCUGAUGAACAAGAAAUGGUGGAUCUUCCCACUGAUGGGGAAGCAUUGGAGGAUGAUAAAACAAAAGGAACGGUGCAUGACAAACAAAGGAAACAAGAGGAAAGGAGAAAAAAACUGGUAGAAGCUACAGCUUUGUUGAAAGACAAAGAUGCUGAUGGUUUAAUUGUAGCCAGUCGAUUCCAUCCAGCACCUUUAUUACUUUCGUUAUUAGAAUUUGUUGCUCCCUCAAGGCCUUUCGUCGUCUAUUGCCAAUAUAAAGAGCCUUUAUUGGAAUGCUACACAAAACUGAGAGAGAAGGGUGGUGUUGUUAAUCUGAAGCUUUCUGAAACCUGGUUACGCAACUAUCAGGUCUUGCCAGAUCGAAGUCAUCCCAGAUUGACCAUGAGUGGUGGUGGAGGGUACCUGUUGACAGGCAUCACUGUAAUAAAUGAGAAUCCAAAAACUGAUGACCACUCAGAACAGAAAACUGAAGAACCAGCACCCAAAAAACCUAAGCUUCAGUAGCCCUUAAAGAAGAUGUUUUCCUUUCAUUCCUUCAGACCUGAAUUGCCUUGUGUCCUAUUGCUAGCUGUAUUUAAGAGCAUAGAAAAACAUACAUGCCUUUCAGUGGCUGCCGGAAACAGUGGGAAUGUAUUUCAGCAGAGGCUGGCGACUGAAAAGAGGCUUUAAAUAGUUAAAUGCUUUGCUGUCCAAACCAAUCCAGAUAUUUGUAGUGCCAUAGUUUCAGACAUUUUAAUGUUCAGGUAGUGAAAAUAAUGGGGGGGGGUUGUCAUAAACCGGCAGUAGCCUUUCUUGAGGUGAUUCAAAAAUGGUCAGGUUCUCCCAUUCUGUUUUAAAGAAUGGGAUUUGAAUUUAAGCAAGAGUGUUGUUUCUGAUUGCAUUGGCACCUUCUGAUGAGAAAGUUUUGAACAAUACUGCCUCUGACACCUUUUAACAAGGUGAAAUGAGUAUUGCAAAAUCAUGUGAGUGUUAUAGAUGGACAUAGACUCUUGAUGCGAGAAUGCCCUUCCCCCCCUUUAUGUCUAAAUGCAAGGACUAAGAAAUCAUGAGUGCAUGCUGUAAAUUUCAAAGUACAAAUAAUUUCAUUUUUGCUAACUUUUUCAUGAAAGUUGGUUUGCCUUUUUUUAAAAAAAAAUUACAACUUUUUGUAUUAUGUGAAUUUAUUAUCUGUAAAUCUGCAUUUCAAUAAAUGCUAAAGAUUUUUUUCCCUAAAAA